GGGAGGUGAUGGCCGGAGCAAUCUUGCUCACGACACCCUUGCGGAGGACGUUGGAGGCGGACAGCAUUUUCGAAAAUUCGGUUGGUAUUAAAAUCGAGUGUAAAGGAGCGAAACCGCGGAUGAAAAUAUAAUUCCAAUUGACGCGUUCGUGGUCGCAAUGUUGCCAAUCAGCAGAAUAACCAAAGAGUUUUCUUGCUGCUGAUUUCCAGGUCACGACAGGAGCUCGCUCAAGGAUGACUAACGAUCGCUGGCAUUACCCAUUUUAAUCACGUGAGUCUCAUUUCUGGGCAGCCGAGGGAAUGUGGAGCGAGAUGGAGGUGCCCAAUGGUUGUAGCUGCAAUGGUCACGCUGUGCUGGAGAUGAACAAGCUGGUGAAAAGAGAAGUUGAAGUUGAAGAAUAUUUGUCUCCUUACAAGUUAGAUGUGGCUGGAACAAAUAUGUAUAUUUUGGAUCUACAAUGUUGCAUUAGUUGGGAUCGUACGGGCUGCGCGUGUUUGAGCACAUUGUCUUUAUGUAGUAGGUAGUCCCAGUGGACGUCGGAGCAAGUCCUAUCUAGCACCAGCUAGCGUGGACUAACAUUAUGGCUGUUAACAGUUAAAUGUAGUCGCAGUUGUCGCUGUCGUGCAUCAAGUCAAACCGUACUGCAACGCAUCCAGAAGCGUGCGCCGUUGUGCCAGUGGUCUUGGUGGGGCCGUUGAAAGCCAUCGCCCACGGACAGUCCGCGGCCGCAAGCGAGGUCUGCGACUCACAACUCUUCAUCCUGCAGCCUCUAUAGUUUAAUUCCGCGGCCAAAUAUCUUUAAUCGUGGCACCAUGGGUCGGCAACCGAGACAGCGCCCUAUCUCUUGCAAGCUGUGCAGGCAGCGUAAGCUACGCUGUAGCAGGGUCUUCCCAUGCUCCAACUGCCUCUGCCGCGGAGUAGAGUGCGAGCACGACGGGCCGCUGACGACGUCCUCACAUAACAGCCCAGAAGUUAGCUUGAAGGUAAAAGACGUGUCGAAUGCAGAACUUCUUGCUCGUCUUGAAAAGCUGGAGUCUAUUAUUGCUUUACAGAACGGUGCUGGUCAGGUUGAGAGACCCAUCGUCCCACCGGAACGCCCGGUAUCAUCACAGUUAUCGUCAGAAUCCUCACCAAUAUCUCCACAGUUGCAAAAGAUUACAGAUGAUGCACUAUUUCUAGAACGAUCAUGCUACGGAAAUAUAGUUGGAGACAAUCUUGUCUCCGAUCCUCUUGUUUUCCGAAUCUGCUCUAUGCAUAAAAUUGCCACCCAGCCAUCUUAUCUUCCGCAAGGCUUUUCUACCUCCAACUUUUCGGGCUUGACUGAUGUGGUGAAAUGUGUCUGGAUCCCGCUACGUCAAGAAGCCCGAAUCCUUGUUGAUAAAUAUAAAGCCGAUGUUGACCACUUCCAUCAUAUUGUCCACCUACCAGCUCUGUACGAUAUGAUAAAUACAAUAUACGACAAGGUAGAAGGUGGUAUAAUGCCGGACAUUGGAUCCAUGAUCUUGUUGCUAUGCCUUUCAGCGACUGCCACUUACAGCUGGUCAUUCGAGGAUGACGUUAGGCAGCUCUUUACAAGUGCUGCCGAGGCAAGAUCCCACUCUAUGAUGUGGAUCAAAGCCUCCUUGGAUGUCAUCGAUUAUGCUGCUCGGAUUGCAGCAACAUCUAUUGAAGCAAUUCAAGGAAUGGUGAUCCUAUUCCUAGCGUUUUGCAACUUGGAAGGUUUAUCUACUCGAGCCCGUGGUCUGCUCAUGAAAUCUAUAGGGAUGGCGCGUGAUAUUGGGCUGCACCGCCUUGAUUCACCGUCCAUGCUAUCUGAAAGGUUGAAAAUGGGUACUAUUAGGGCUGAAAUAGGGCGAAGAACGUGGUGGUUCUUGGUUGCGACUGACUGGAUGAUGGCUCAUUUUGCGGCUCCGAUAGAGUCGACAUAUUCGGUGCAUCCACGGCAGAUGUCUGUAAGAAAGCCAGUAAAUGUUGAUGAUGAUGACCUUGUUGAUGGCAAGGAGGCAGUUGGGCGACCAUUGCAUGAGCCUACACGUGUAUCAGCCCUCAUAUAUAGGCUGAGGCUUGCAGAAAUAUGUCAAAGUUUGAUGGACCGAUUUCCCGCUCAUUCCGCACACCCAGACAGACUUGACUACAACUAUGUCAUGGAAAUUGAUGGUAAAUUUCGGACAUUUAUCCGCGAGCUACCCGAUUUCUUUCAACCCAAUACACCACCUAAAUUGGUUAGAGAGUCUGACGAAACACCUAUCCCGAGCGGAAUUCUGGUUCAGCGAUAUACGCUUAAUCUUUUGAUGCAUCGCAAUCUUUGCAAAUUACAUCUGCCAUACUUCCCAAGAGGCUCUGUGGAACCAGCUUUCGCUUACUCAAAAGAUGCAUGCCUAUUUUCAGCGAGGCUGAUAAUCCAAGCUGAGAAAUCUCUCAAAGUGGAAGGGCUCCCGUUUGCAACGACGCGACUCAGAUCUAUCAUGAUUGUGAGAAGUGUUUUCUUGGCUAGCAUCGUGUUCGUUUUGAAUGCUUGUCUUAACAGAGAAGCUGCAGAUGGCGACUGCGAUGCUGAUUAUCUGCUUGAUUCUUGGCGGAUAUUGAAUGACGUGAGAGACCAGUCUGCGAGCGCCGUGAAGCUCUUGGAUCUGUCGAUGCAAGUCCUGCGCCGACAUGCGCCAGAUCAUAUCUGCCUGCAGCGAGUUUCACAAAUGAAUUUCAACUCAGCUUCUACAGAUUCUGACAAUAUGAAUCGCACAAUGCCUAAAGCUGGAGCUAAUGUACCAGAUCUACGACCAGACACAGACAGCGCCUAUGUCGAACAGCAGCUACAAGCUUUGGAAGGCCGAGCUGAUCUUAACGCUAUUGAUUGGGAUAAACUUUUCUAUGGAUUAGAAGGCGCUUCAUUUAUGUAAGGGUUACAUAUUUGGUUUUGCUAUAUUAUAAUGAUACAAUUGAGACGUGGGCCACCGCAAGCGACUUC